AUAGUUGUAAGUAUCCUGUUUUAUGUGUUAUGAAGGUGAGAGGUUGGGUUGGUAUCAAUAGUUCCAAGUAUCCUGUGUUAUGUGUUAUGAAGGUGAGAGGUUGGGUUAGUAUCAAUAGCUCCAAGUAUCCUGUGUUAUGUGUUAUGAAGGUGAGAGGUUGGGUUGGUAUCAAUAGUUCCAAGUAUCCUGUGUUAUGUGUUAUGAAGGUAAGAGGUUGGGUGGUAUCAAUAGUUCCAAGUAUCCUAUGUUAUGUGUUAUGAAGGUGAGAGGUUGGGUGGUAUCAAUAGUUGUAAGUAUCCUGUGUUAUGUGUUAUGAAGGUAAGAGGUUGGGUUGGUAUCAAUAGUUCCAAGUACCCUGUGUUAUGUGUUAUGAAGGUAAGAGGUUGGGAUGUGUUAUGAAGGUAAGAGGUUGGGUGGUAUCAAUAGUUGUAAGUAUCCUGAUUCCUGAUAAACUCACCUUGCUCCAAUAUUCUUGCAAACGGAAAAACAAGUUCUCAGUUUGUUUUUAGAACUUCAGCUUGACAAUACUAACAAUAUUUCUUCUUAAACAUCAUGGACGUAAUUAAACCAACCAAGGAGAAGAAAAAGAGAAAAUCUGUAAAGAAGAAGAGCAAGGUAGAAGGGAAAAAGAAGGAAAAUGAAAAGAAAAAUGAAGGAUUGGAGAUACCAAUUUUUUCCACUGCCCGAAGAGGAUCGGAGAAAAGAGAAUCAAUCCAUGAAGAACUUGGAAAACUAUGGAGUGACAAUUCACGAGGAAAUCCAGGAGGAGAGAGUGAUUUGACGAGUGGCGAGGAUAGUCGAAGAAGCAGCAUCUUUGGAGGCAGCAGGAGAACCAGUUUAGCUCAAAAUGUGUUCCGACGCGGGAGUUUGAUGUCAGAUAUUGAGGACAAUGAGAAACGUUUAAAACUUGAGAAAACAAUCAGCCUACUUCAACAACGCAGGCCCAGCGCAGCUCCAAAAUAUUUCUGGGAUGAGGUAACAAAAGAAAGAUCGGAUGAAAAUCAGCCUUCAAGACCUCCAAGAAGAACCACUGAGACUGGAAUGAGCAAGGAGCAUGCUAUGACUGUUCUAGGAUUAGGAAGAAGAAAGGGUUCAAAGACACCACGAAAACUUGAGGAAUAUACAGAAGAAGAUCUCCUAGAAGCAUUUAGAGCUGAGAGCAGUAGUCUAGAGAGCGGAGUAAAGAAUUCCAGGUCUGUAACCCAGCAGGAUAUGCACGAGGCCUACCAGUGCCUUCUCAAGGUUAUCAGAGCCAAGAAUAGGUUCAAGAUGAAGGCCUUGGAGAAGCUGAGAAACCGAUCUCACUUGGCGGAGGAGGAUUCGGAGCAGAAAACGGACCAGAUUGAAAACAAGGAUGAGGAGGGGGAGCAAGAAAAAAAAUGCGACUGAAAGAAAUUUUGUAUUUUUUAUCCUUAAUGUCUUGGGUUCACAGUGAAAACAAGAAAAACCGAUUAUGCUGUAACACUUAAAUAUUUCAUCACCUUAUUCCACAGUUUUCUGGUUCUCACUUUGCAAGGCCACUUCACUUAAUUUAUGUACGAAGAAAAGUGGUAUUGAAAGCACUAUUUAAAGGAGUCUGAGUCAAAUAUUUUAUUAGAAUCUUCAAAGUUCUAUUGUAUUCGUCCUCGAAAGUUAUAAUGUUACAUUUGUACUUUUAGAAAGUUAAUCUUGCUUUUAGAUGAGAAAACUAGUUUUAAAGGAUUCUGACACAAGAUAAAAAUACAAGGUUUACGUGGUUCAGAACGAGAUUUAAGACUUUUCAAAUAUAUAUUGUAUACAUUGUAUCACAAAUUAGUAUUUUUUUUAAAUAACUAUUUGUUUUCCAAUAUUAAACGAUAAUUUUUUUAAUUUCUUAAUUCUUUAUGAAAAACUUACAGAGCAUAUUGUUCUACGAGUCCCAUAUCCAGAAAAGGAAUUCAGUCUCCACCAAAAACUCAAAUUUUCUAAUCUCUAGAAUAUGCAACCUAGUGACGUGUAAAUCUUUGAUAUUUCAAACUUAGAUUAUAAAAUCAAACACAAUAAUAAAAGGUCUCUGACAUUGGGUUGAUACAGAUAUAGGGAUUAGAAAAGUAAAGUUUGUGAAAGACUGAAUUCCUUUCUUU